CCAGGGCCGCGCACUCAGGCGCACGCGCAGUGGCCGCGGUGACGCCGCUACGGCCCCAACUGCUACCAGGAUGGCUUCCAGCUUCAAGAAGCCGAACGUGGGCUCCGCCAGCCAGAAGAAAAAAGUGGGCCCUAAGCCUGAACUCACUGAAGAGCAGAAGCAGGAAGUGCGGGAAGCAUUUGACCUCUUCGAUGCGGACGGCAGCGGGACCAUCGACGUGAAGGAGCUGAAAGUGGCCAUGCGGGCGCUGGGCUUCGAGCCCCGGAAGGAGGAGAUAAAGAAGAUGGUCGCCGAGGUGGACAAGGAGGGCACGGGCAAGAUCAGCUUCAACGACUUCCUGGCCGUGAUGACCCAGAAGAUGGCCGAGAAGGACACCAAGGAGGAGAUCCUGAAGGCCUUCCGACUCUUUGAUGAUGACGAGACCGGGAAGAUCUCUUUCAAAAACCUCAAGCGCGUGGCCGGCGAGCUGGGCGAGAACCUCACGGACGAGGAGCUGCAGGAGAUGAUCGACGAGGCGGACCGCGACGGCGACGGCGAGGUGAGCGAGGAGGAGUUCCUCCGCGUCAUGAAGAAGACCAACCUCUACUGAGCCCGGCCCGGCGCUUCCGCCGUGUAUCCGCCCCCCCCCCAUUUAUCUUAAUUGAUUUCCAAACCGCUAGAUCAAUUAUAGAGCCUUAAAGACGUUUGUAACCUGAGUUCUGUUAACAGUGCGUAUUUUACUCUUUUAUUUAAAGGCAGCUAUCUACCUGCUGAUUCUCA